GUUUGUCCAGCGAUGGAUGCGGGCCGCAGCGCUGGUCCGACAGCUCAAAUCCUGCAGCUGGUUGGAAGCUCUUCGCAUCUACCAGGAGGCGGUCAGGCAGCAGGUGGAGCUAAAUGUCAUCCUUUAUGGCGCUGCGAUCAGUGCCUGUAAGUCUCAAUGGCCUGUGGCCCUGUGGCUCCUGGGACGCUUUCAGGAUGAGAAGUUGCAAAGUGACGCAGUGCUCUACAGCAACUGCAUCAACUCUUGUCGCAAAGGACCAUGGAGAAAGGCGAUAUGUUUCUUGGAAGACUUUGAAUCCAAAGAGAUUCAAUCUGAUUUGUUCGUGUACAAUGGAGCCCUGGGAGCCCUGGGAGCUUGUGAGGUGGCCUGGAGCCACGCCUUGCAGCUCUUCGCGUCCUUGCAGCCGCCGCGCAGACAGCGGCGCGACGCGGUGGCGCUGUCUGCAGCCAUCGCUGCAAUGGAGAGGUGCAGCCAGUGGCAAAGUAUCCUGGCUCUUCUCUUCGAGGAGGCGUCGCCGGCCAAUCUCAUCAGCUACAACCAUGCCAUCAGUGGUUUGGGACGAUCGGGGCACUGGCAGAUUGCCUUGGAGCUGGUCAUGGCUCUGGAAAAAAGGAGAUUCAAAUUGGAUGCCAUCAGCUACAACUCCUUGAUCAGCGGCUUCUCCACUGCACAUCUUUGGAAAGAAGCCCUGCAUGUUCUUGAACGAUUUGAGGAAGUGAGCUUGCAACGGGACCAUUUCAGCUACAGUGCUACCAUGGGAGCCUGCGGUCAAGCUCACUUUUGGCAGCAGGCGUGCCAGCUCCUGGCUGUGGCCGCCACAGUGGACCAUGUCAUGGUGAAGGCGGCGCUGGAAGCGUGUGCCCAGGCGGUGCAGUGGCAGCAGGCCUUGCACUUGUGGCAGCACGGCAGUGUUGCCACGGGGCGGCCGCUGGUGAUGGCGCUGGGGAAGGGCACUCAGUGGCUGUUGGCGCUGCAAGUCCUGCAGGAGAUGGCACCAGUGGUUGCCGAGUAUCAGCUGGUGGCCGCCUGGAAUACGGUGAUUGGUUCCCUAUCUUCCGUGUCUUUGAGUCGCGCAUUGGAGCUGCUGAGAACCAUGGAAGAGAGUCAACUGCGAACGGAUUCAAGGAUGUACGAAGAACUGAUCGAUGCGGCUGGAAAGAAGCAGCAAUGGGAGUUGUGCUCGUUCUUGCUCCAGCGUAUGCGCAGCUUGCAGGGUGAAGUUGAUUUGUUGUCUCACUGCAGCGUGGUCACCGCGUGUCACCAGUCGCAGCAGUGGCAGUUGGCAGGUUGGAUGCUAUCAGCGCUUCCUCAUCAACAACUUGAACCAGAUUUGGCCGCACGCAACAUGUUCAUUGACGUUUCCGAGACCGGAGGGCACUGGCAGGAGGCUGUGGAGAGCUAUCAGGAGGCCGAGGAGACCUGGGGUGUGGACAUCGUGGGCCUCACCUCCGCCAUGAGCGCCUUAACAAUGGCACGGCGCUGGCGGCAGAGCGCCUUUCUGUUUCAGGGACUGCACCAAAGGUCUUUGGAAGCCACAGGGAUGAGCUAUACGGUUGCGCUCCGCACCUACGUGGGUGCCCGGAAGCUCCGCCACAGCCUGCAGCUGCUGGCCGACCUGGCGACCCAACGCGCGGCGACCGCCGCCAAAAUCGCCGGCAAUGCGGCCGUCCAGACGUGCCAGUUAGACUCUCCUUGGUUCAGAGCAUUGAGUUUCUACGAUGCUGUCCGAUGUCUUCUGGGCGAGCGCGAAGGAAAUGAUGCCAGCGAUGUGUCAUUAUUGUCCAGCUUUGACCGAGCGAGCCAGUGGCAACGUUCCAUGGACCUCAGUAACAUGCGACGAGGAACAUUUCCAACAUCCAGUGUGUCGGUGAUGAAAGUGAACACAGUGAUCAAUGCAUGCAGCAUGGCCCUGGAGUGGAGAAGAGGCGUAUCACUUCUCUUUCAGCUACCGCUUCAUGGUUUGCAAGGCAGCUGCGUGAGCUUCCACUCAGCCUUCGCAGGCAGUGCCUGGCGGAUGGUCUUGGGACUACUGGAGCAGCUGGGAGGUGAGCUUUCCUUAGAUACCUACCAUGCGGCCUUGCAAGCCCUGCGACGCGAUGAGAUCUUUACCGUGGGGCCAUCUUCAUCUUCAUGGCAAGCGGCAGUUCAGUUGUUUGGAGUUGCGAAAGCUCAACUACGAGUCAGCCUCAUCACGCUGAAUCUGCUGAUCUCCAGCGUUCCUUGGAACUGGGCCCUGUAUCUCUUCAGCUCGAUGCAACACCCUGAUAGCUACAGCUAUUACGCAGUGAUGAAUACGUACCUACGCGCUGAUCAGUGGCAAAGAUGUUUGGAAGUCUGCAGAAGCAUGCGCUUGGAGGCCCUGAACCCCGACCAGCGCAUCUACUCACCGCUGCUGGAGCGUUGCUUGGGUGGUGCCUUUCCUUUGGGUGAAGUGCUGAAAGCAUUGGAGCCGUGGAAAAGCCAUGCCGCCAGUGCAAUGGAGCCGUUGUUUCCUCAUGUGAGCUACCGCCACGCCAGCCUCAUGGUGAAUUUCGGGAAGCCAAUGACGAAGCUGCCUUUCACCUGUCGCAGCGUGUCGGAAGCAGCGACAGCUCAUGCCUCUGUGACGCCGGCUCCCAGCGGGAAGUACGAGAUGUUGAUGCCUGUGGCCUUCCCCGAUGAAGGUACCUUCGACUGGUUGGACAGCUUCUUGGAAGCGAAUCCCAAGUACACGGAGCUGAGCGACAGGAAGAUGAUGGAAUGGGCCGUGGCCAGCGGGUUGACCAGACCCAAGCUGGGGCUCAAUGCCUCAAACGACAAGCCAAACUAUCAGUAUGGCGUGCACAGUCUGGAUGACAACAGCCUCAUGAAGGUGGUCCAGUCCAUUCCGUCCAUCCAGCCUCGCAAUUUCGUGGUCAUGGAGGUGAAGUCGAACCUGGUGGCAGAGGAACGUUCUCAGAUCUUGAAGCGCUUCCCAGGCUACAAGAAGGUGGCCCAUGUGGUCAUGGGAAAACCCAAGGAGGCCUACAAGCAUCGAGUGCAUAACCAGAUCUUGAAGCAAAAGCAACAAAAGUCAGACUCCACUUGGAGGAUGAAGAAGGCACAACAGGAGCAGAAAAAGAGGAUUUUGGAACAGCAAAAACUGAUGGCUGAGAAGAAGAAGGAGAUGGAAGAGAAGAAGAAGGCCGAAGCGGAAGCCAAAAAGGCCGAAGAAGCCAAGAAAGCCAAGGAGGCAAAGGAGGCCAAGGAGGGUGAAGAAGGUGAAGAGGCAGCAGCUGAGGCUACUGAAGAGCCGGCGGCGGAAGAGACAGAGGCAAAGGAUGCAGAGAUGAAAGAGGAGGAACCAAAAGCAGAGGAGCCCAAGGCCGAAGAGGAAGACCUGGGCGAUGAGCCACCGCAG